AUGGAGGAAGAGGAGGAGGAGGCAGGCCGUGUGCCGGUGCCCUGCUGGCUGGCAGCGCUGCGCCUGGGGCAGUACUCGGAGAGCUUCCAGCGGCAGGGCCUGGGGCGGCUGGGGGACUGCCGGGGGCUGAGCGAGGCGGCCCUGUGCCGCCUGGGGGUGGCGCUGCCCGGCCACCGCCGCCGCAUCCUGCUGGCUCUGCACAAGGCCUUCCCCCGGCCCCCGCUGCCCGACCAGGUGCCCGCGGAGGUGCCCGCCGUGGAGCCCGCCGUGGAGCCCGCCGUGGAGCCCGCCGUGCCCGCCUCCAGCUGGCACGGCAGGGCCAACCGGGACAACAGGGUCACCCGGGCCAACCAGGUCAACAGAGUCAACUGGGCCAACCAGGCCAACUGGGACUGCAGAGUCAACCAGGCCAACAGAGUCACCUGGGCCACCCAGGCCAACUGGGACAGCAGUGUCAACCAGGCCAACAGAGUCACCUGGGCCAACCAGGCCAACUGUGGCAGCAGAGUCAACCAGGCCAACAGCGUCACCUGGGCCAACCAGGCCAACAGGGUCACCUGGGCCAACCAGGCCAACAGAGUCAACUGGGCCAACCAGGCCAACAGGGACUGCAGAGUCAACCAGGCCAACAGGGUCACCUGGGCCAACCAGGCCAACAGAGUCAACUGGGCCAACCAGGUCAACUGGGGCAGCAGAGUCAACCAGGCCAACAGAGUCACCUGGGCCAACCAGGUCAACUGCGCCAACUGGGCCAGCCAGGCCAACAGAGUCACCUGGGCCAACCAGGUCAGCUGGGGCAGCAGAGUCAACCAGGUCAGCUGGGGCAGCAGAAUCAACCAGGUCAACAGAGUCACCUGGGCCAACCAGGUCAACUGGGCCAACUGGGCCAGCCGGGCCAACAGAGUCAACAGGGCCAGCUGGGACAACAAAGUCACCUGGGUCAACAGAAUCAACUGGGCCAACCAGGUCAACUGGGCCAGCAGAGUCAACUGGGUCAACAGAGUCAGCUGGGCCAACUGGACCAACUGGGUCAACAGAGUCAGCUGGGCCAACCAGGUCUGCUGGACCAACCGGGUCAACUGGGCCAACAGGACCAACAGGACCAACGGGGUCUUAUGGACCAACAGGGUCAACUGGGCCAACUGGAGCACCUUCAUCAACAGGCUCAUCAGGAUCUUCUGGGCCAGCUGGAGCAACUGGACCUACUGGGCCAAUUGGACCAACAGUGCCAAUGGGGCCAACAAGGCCAACUGGACCAACCAGGUCAACAGGGCCAAGAGGACCAACUGGGCCAACAGGGCCAAGUGGAGCCCCCCAGCCCCACCCUGCCCACUGCCCUCCCAGCCCUUCCUGCCCGAGUUUGAUGACUCUGACUACGAGGACUCAGCCUUGGUGGAGGACAUAGGAGGCUCCCCAGAGGAGAUGGGUGACAAGCCUCGGUGCCAGGCUGGCAGCAGCCUCUGCAGCGAGGAUGAGCUCAGCGAGGACCCCCCCGAGACCCCCCCUGGCAGAUCCUGCCCUCCAGCUGCUCCCUUUUGGUCCUGUGCCAGGUCCUACAUCUACCAGAGGCGCUGGGUGGAGCUGGACCAUGACCACCUGAGAUACUUCCACAGUGACAAGGAUGCCUACUCCAAGAGGCUGAUCCCUGUGCCCUCCAUCUGCCGCGUGGCCUCUGCUGGGGAGCAGAAGUUUGAGGUGGUCACCACCAGGCGCAGCUUCGUCUUCAGGGCAGACAGCGAUGCCGAGCGCAAGGAGUGGGUCAGGGCCCUGCAGCAGGCGGUGGAGGAGAGGAGAAGCAAAGCCCUGGAGAGGGCAUCCCCCAGCUGGGGGGAUGCCAGGCAGCUGGUUGGCAAGAGUGGGCUCCUGGAGCUGAGGGGCUUCAAGCACAAGCUCUUCGUGGUGGUGGCAGGGGACAGAGUCUUCCUCUACAAGAACGCAGAGGACCAGCGGCUGGGCAUCGGCAUCACCUACAUCCAGAUGAACGUCGGCAACGUCAGGGAGGUGGAGCGCCAGGGCUUCGACCUCACCACCCCCUACCGCACCUUCAGCUUCGUGGCGGACUCGGAGGCGGAGCGUGCGGAGUGGGUGGGAGCCCUGCAGCAGUCCAUCGCCGAAGCUCUCUGCAGCUGUGAGGUGGCUCAGAGGGUCUGGGAGCUGGAGGCCAACCGCAGCUGCGCCGACUGCGGCUCCCCCUGGCCCGAGUGGGCCUCCAUCAACCUCUGCGUCGUCAUCUGCAGCAGAUGUGCAGGGGAGCACCGGGGGCUGGGCCCUGGCAUCACCAAGGUGCGGAGCCUGAAGCUGGACAGGAAGGUGUGGACGGAGGAGCUGCUGCAGCUCUUCCACCAGCUUGGCAACGCUGUGGCCAACCAGUUCUGGGCUGCCAACGUCCCUCCCAGUGAAGCCAUCAGCCCCAGCAGCAGCAGCCAGGAGCGGAGACGUUUCCUCAGCGCCAAGUACCGGCAGGGCAAAUACCGGCGGUACCAUCCCCUCUUUGGCAACCAGGAGGAGCUCAACAGGGCUCUGUGCGUGGCUGUCACCACCAGCGACCUGGCCGAGACCCAGGCUCUGCUCUUCUGUGGGGCAGCUGCCAGCUGUGCCAGUGGCGACCCCGAGUGCCCCACGCCCCUGGCCCUGGCCGAGCGGAGCGGGCAGAGGCUGCAGAUGGAGUUCCUGCUCCACAACAAGACCUCAGAGGCUCCACGCCUGGAGGUGGGCAGCACCGAGGAGAAGCCCUACCUGGUGCCCCUGCCCUCCGUCACCCACAACGGCUUCCUCUACAAGACUCCCUCCAUGGCCAAGCCCAUUGGCGAGAGGAAGGGCGCAGAAGAGUUCAGCCGGCGCUGGUGCACGCUGCAGGAGGGGCUGCUCAGCUACUACGAGAGCGAGCGCAGCCCCCUGCCCAACGGCGAGCUCAGGCUGCAGGACGUCGUCUGCCUGGUCAGCAACCCCCCCCACACCCACGGGCUGGAGAGCACCUUUGAGCUCUACACCGAGUCGGAGAGGCUCUACCUCUUCGGGCUGGAGAGCCCCGAGGCCGCCCGCGAGUGGCUGCACUCCAUAGCCAAGGGCUUCCUGCCGCCCGGCGCGGAGGAGCUGCUGGCUGUGGACUUCCAGCGCCUGGGCCGCCUGCGCUACAAGGGAGGCCUGGACCUGGAGCAGGCCAGGGAGGGCUGGUUCGCCCUGGCGGGCUCCCAGCUCCACCUCUGCCCCCGGGACCGCGAGAGGCAGGAACCGCUGCAGCUGCGCAAGCUGCAGGAGCUCUCCAUCCAAGGAGACAACGAGGUGCUGGUGCUGGUGGAGAGGAGAAGGACUUUGUACAUCCAGGGGGAGAGGAAGUUGGACUUCCUGGGCUGGGUGCAGGCCAUCCAGAAGGCUGCAGGGGGCUCUGGGGACUCCUUGGCGGAGCAGCAGCUGACCGAGGCCAACGUGCCCUUGCUGGUGGAUCGCUGCAUCGACUACAUCACCCAGUGUGGGCUGACCUCUGAGGGCAUCUACCGCAAGAGCGGGCAGAACUCCAAGACCACCAGCCUGCUGCAGCUGCUGCGCAGGGACGCCCGCGGGCUGCGGCUGCGCGAGGGCGAGCAGCAGCUCGACGACGUCGCCAGCACCCUCAAGAGGUUCUUCAGGGACCUGCCCCAGGGCCUCUUCACCUCCCACUGGGGCCAGCACUGGCUGAGGACGAGCACACUGGAGGAUGAGGAGGAGAAGAUCAGGGAGUACCGGCGGCUCCUGGACGCCCUCCCCACGGUCAACAGGGCCACGCUGAAGGCUCUCAUCAACCACCUCUUCAGGGUCCAGCUCUUCUCUGGGGAGAACCAGAUGACCACACACAACCUGGCCAUAGUGUUUGGGCCCACGCUCUUCCAGACCGACGGGAAGGACUACAAGGCAGGCCGGGUGGUGGAGGACCUCAUCAGCCACUACGUGAACAUCUUCAACGUCAACGAGCAAGAGAUGAAGAAGCAGCAGGAUGAGAUCAUGGCCAUCAUGAAGCUGCGGGAGGCAGCCUCCAGCGGGACGCAGCAAGCAGGGGACUUCAUCUGCACUGUCUACCUGGAGGAGAAGAAGACCGAGGCGGAGCAGCACAUCAAGAUCCCGGCCACGAUGACAGCCGAGGAGCUGACCCUGGAGAUCCUGGACAGGAGGAAAGUGGUGGUGAAGGAGAAGGACUACUGGAGCUGCUUUGAGGUCAACGAGAGGGAGGAGGCAGAGCGCCCCCUGCACUACUCAGAGAAGGUUCUGCCCAUCCUGCACUGCCUGGGCACCGACAGCUACCUGGUGGUGAAGAAGCAGGCGGCCAUGGAGGGCAUGCUGCUGUACCUCGGUGAGCAGGGCAGGCACAGCAUGGGGUGCCCUGGGGUGGGAUGGGCCAGAUUGGGUGGGGUGGAGUGGGUGGGAUAG